ACCAAUGCGGACGUGCUUACAACACUCUGUGAGUGUGCGACUAACUUUCUUUCGUUUUGUCGUCGUCCUCUUGCCUUCGAUUGAGUGUGCAUUUGUUUUAGUCGUUGGUGAGAAAGGAUCCGCGUGUGUGUCGUUGUCAAGUGUUUUUGUUGUCCUCAGGUUAGUCGCUCGGUGUUCUCUUCUUUGUCGGUUUUUUCUGUUUUCGAGAGUAAAACUUGAACUUUUAAGUACAUGAAAAUUUUUUAUUUGGUCUUUGUGAAUUCAAAUCCAGUGAAAUAGCUACUGUGGCAAGGAAAAAGUUUCCAAUGAUAUUUUACGUGGAAAAUCUGUAAAUGCGUCUAAAAACAACAACAAUAAAGAUUCAAGGAUAACAAAUCACAAAAUAAAAUUAUAAAAAAAAAAAGAAACAAGCAACCACACAAAAAGAAAGUCACAAGACAACACUUCAAUUUUUAUCUUGUUCUGCAAAUCACGCCUAUUCAACGUGGAUUCAUAGUCGUCUACAGCAGUCCUUGAAAUAGAAGUCGCGCUGCCUGCCAGCCUUCGAACGAGCCAAGAUUCUAGCCAGCCCUGCAACAAUAACAGCAAGGACCACUUUUUGGCAAAAUGUCACAUUUUCAAAGACGGCGACGGCAGUUUGGUGAACCUUGCGAUUGUCUAAAGCCGCUUAUAAGGAUAUUUGGUAUAAUGACAGCUUUUGUUAUUUGUGGAGUUGGAGUUGAUGUCUAUUUACAUGGCUACCAGGCGGGACUAUUUAUUCUAAUAUCAUCAAUAAUUAUAUUAUUCUUCGAAGUUAAAUGGGUCAUAACUCUUUUCCUCCAAUUAAUAUUUGGCAAUGAUAACUACUCCAAGUGUUUGCGGUGUUGGGCGUUUUGCAAAUGUUUUGGGAGCUGGCGUUUAUCGCUGCCAUAUAUGGCGAUUGGCACAACUCUGAUGGUGUGGCCCCACAAUCUCUGGUUAAGCCAUGUGGCCGGCAUACUGCUCAUCCUGUUGGCGGUUCUGCGUCUGUGUCUAGUCUUUCGCUUUAGCAGCAACUCCAAGGAUGAGGGUCUACUGCCGCAAUGUGAUUUUGAAAAAAUCGAUAGUGGUCCGGAUAUUGCCGAGGAGGGAUUUGUUGAAAUUGGCCCAUGCCUAGAUGAGGAUGAGGCGCUCGAUGAUGUUUGUUAAUAUUUAACCCUGAAGACAACAGAAGACAACAAUUUUCCGAUUUUAUUUAAGAGAGUAUAGUAGAGUUUUAAGAAUAUUAGAAUUAUAUACAAUAUUUAAA